GUCAUUUUAACAACUCCGAAAAGCUACGUCAUUGCUAACGAUCGUCAGGCCAGUCCUUGGUGAUUUUUCCUUAAUAAAAGAUCGGUUCGCUCUCCUAGAAUUUUAGAUAAAUUUUGUUGAAAGUACUUUUAUUCGUAUCCGAAAAAAAUGUCGUCAGACGCCAAAGGUUCUGAAGAUCUGGCCACCGCAAUCUUGCGCAAGAAGGACAAGCCAAACAGGCUCCUUGUUGAAGAAGCCAUCAAUGAUGAUAAUUCUGUCGUGUCUUUGUCACAAGCUAAGAUGGAUGAACUGCAAUUGUUCAGGGGUGAUACAGUUUUACUGAAGGGCAAAAGAAGAAAGGAAACCGUUUGUAUAGUCCUCUCAGAUGAAACAUGCAGCGAUGAGAAGAUCCGCAUGAACAGAAAUGUCAGAAAUAAUUUGAGAGUUCGUCUCUCAGAUGUUGUAUCUAUACAACCAUGUCCUGAUGUUAAAUACGGAAAACGUAUUCACGUACUUCCCAUUGAUGAUACCGUAGAAGGACUUACUGGAAAUCUCUUUGAAGUGUACUUAAAACCGUACUUUUUGGAGGCGUACCGUCCGAUCCACAAGGACGACGUGUUUAUCGUGCGAGGCGGUAUGAGAGCGGUGGAGUUCAAGGUGGUGGAGACUGACCCCGCACCAUACUGCAUCGUCGCCCCCGACACCGUCAUCCACUGCGAGGGUGAUCCGAUCAAACGUGAGGAAGAGGAGGAGGCUCUCAAUGCUGUUGGCUACGACGACAUCGGUGGCUGCAGAAAACAGUUGGCUCAAAUUAAGGAAAUGGUUGAAUUACCACUCAGACAUCCGUCAUUGUUCAAAGCUAUUGGUGUUAAACCGCCAAGAGGAAUACUAUUGUACGGUCCCCCAGGUACGGGUAAAACACUAAUCGCCAGGGCUGUGGCAAACGAAACCGGUGCAUUUUUCUUUUUGAUAAACGGUCCCGAAAUUAUGAGCAAACUUGCCGGGGAGUCGGAGAGCAAUCUGCGUAAGGCGUUUGAGGAGGCCGAUAAAAAUUCACCGGCCAUCAUUUUCAUCGAUGAAUUGGAUGCCAUCGCUCCUAAGAGAGAGAAGACCCACGGCGAGGUCGAGCGCCGUAUCGUCUCUCAGCUUCUCACAUUGAUGGAUGGCAUGAAGAAGAGUUCGCAUGUCAUUGUGAUGGCAGCCACCAACAGACCCAACUCGAUUGAUCCCGCUCUUCGUCGCUUCGGCCGUUUCGAUAGGGAAAUCGAUAUUGGCAUACCAGACGCUACUGGCCGUCUUGAGGUCUUGCGUAUCCACACUAAAAACAUGAAACUAGCCGAAGACGUAAAUCUAGAACAAAUCGCCGCUGAAACUCACGGUCAUGUCGGUGCUGAUUUAGCUUCACUUUGCUCCGAGUCUGCCUUGCAACAGAUCCGUGAAAAGAUGGACCUAAUUGAUUUAGAAGAUGAUCAAAUCGACGCCGAGGUACUCAAUUCAUUGGCCGUUACGAUGGAGAACUUCCGCUACGCCAUGACCAAGAGCAGCCCAAGUGCACUUCGUGAAACUGUUGUUGAGGUGCCCAACGUCACCUGGGACGAUAUCGGCGGUCUCCAAAAUGUCAAGAAGGAACUGCAAGAACUUGUGCAGUAUCCUGUGGAACAUCCAGAUAAGUUCCUUAAGUUUGGCAUGCAGCCAUCCAGAGGUGUUUUGUUCUAUGGUCCACCUGGUUGUGGUAAGACACUGUUGGCCAAAGCUAUUGCUAACGAAUGUCAGGCCAACUUCAUUUCGGUGAAAGGUCCCGAAUUGUUGACAAUGUGGUUCGGUGAGUCCGAAGCAAACGUGCGUGACAUCUUCGACAAAGCUCGUUCUGCUGCACCCUGCGUGCUCUUCUUCGACGAAUUGGAUUCCAUUGCUAAAUCCAGAGGCGGUAAUGUAGGUGAUGCCGGCGGUGCUGCUGACCGAGUUAUUAACCAGAUUUUGACCGAAAUGGACGGUAUGGGCGCAAAGAAAAACGUCUUCAUCAUCGGCGCCACUAACAGACCUGAUAUUAUUGAUCCAGCAAUUUUGCGUCCGGGACGUUUGGAUCAACUGAUCUACAUCCCAUUGCCAGAUGAAAAAUCCAGAGAAGCCAUUUUCAAGGCAAAUCUAAGAAAGUCGCCUGUGGCCAAGGACGUCGACAUGAAUUACAUCGCCAAAGUAACUCAUGGAUUCUCUGGUGCUGACUUAACUGAAAUUUGUCAGCGUGCUUGUAAACUCGCAAUCAGACAAAGCAUCGAAUCAGAAAUUAGACGCGAGAGAGAAAGAGCACAGAAUCCGAAUGUGGCCUCUAUGGAAGUCGAGGAGGACGAUCCAGUUCCGGAAAUCACUCGUGCUCAUUUCGAAGAAGCGAUGAGAUUCGCGAGAAGGUCCGUUUCGGAUAACGAUAUCCGUAAAUACGAAAUGUUUGCACAAACUUUACAACAGUCUCGAGGUUUUGGCACGAAUUUCCGCUUCCCAACUAGCGGCACUGGUACAACGGCCCCAGGCGGCACUGCUGGCGAUCAAGGAAACUUCCAAGAUGACACCGAGGACGAUCUUUACAGCUAGAUUGUAUAUGGGGUGUGUGAACCCAUUUUAUAUUUGUAUUUAUUACAUAAUUUUGAUUUAGAUUAUGAUAUACAUGUUCUUUUUGUUUUAAAUCAAUUUGAAUAGUUUUGAACUUAAUAAAAGUUUGUCUACAA